AUGAAAUCCAUGAUUAAGGAGGCCAUGGUCAGGAAAAACCAGGUGGGCCACGUCCGGGCCGAGCGCGACGUGUUGGCGGUGGCGGACAAUCCAUGGAUUGUCACCUUGCAUUAUUCCUUCCAGGAUGACCACAUGCUCCACAUGGUGAUGGAAUUCCUCCCCGGGGGAGAUUUGAUGACCCUCCUGAUCCGAGAAGACACCUUCCCCGAGGCGGCCACCCGCCAGUACAUGGCCGAGAUGAUCAUGGCAGUCGCCUCCGUGCACGCGCUGGGCUACAUCCACCGCGACCUCAAGCCUGACAACAUCCUCUUGGACUGGGAAGGACACCUCAAGCUCUCAGACAUGGGUCUGUGCAAGAAAAUGGAAACGGGGGAGGCGCACUUGCUCACCGACAAUGCCUCCCUCUCCAUCCAUGCCUCUCCCCAUGGAGCCGGGGCCUGCCCGACGCCACCGGCCUCGGCCCACUUUGCUCCCCCUCCC